AUGGCGGCAGGCUUGUUUCGCGAGGCAGUGGUUUCCGUCGGAGUGUGGUCGGCGGGCGAUUUCUUUGCGCAGUUCUACGGCGCCCACAAACAUGCUUUGCGACGGCGCCUUGAGGGGAGUGAGCCGAUAAGUUCUGAGGGACGCUCCAUGGCUGGUAUGAUGGCCAUGCUGGACCAGCCCCGCCUGGGUCUCUCCGCGGCGUUCGGUCUCUUGAUAUCUCCUCUUGUGGUGCAGCAUCGCAUGUUGUGCACCCGGGUUUUGGGCAAGACGGAGAAACGCAUGCUUGAGUCAUUUCUGGCGCUGGCCGCCCAACAACUGUUUAUGACCCCACUGAUGUUGCUGCUUUACCACAACGCCAUGACGGCCUACCGUAAGGGGUUCACCGACCCAAGCUUCCUCCGCGCAUAUGAAACAGGUGCAGACACAAGGGGCCGAUACAACGCCAUGUCAGUGGAACGACGCAUCGUGUUAGAUGUGCUGCCAUCGACGCUUGUCGCCUCGUGGCUUGUUUACAUGCCGCUAGCUCUGCUUGGAUAUGUAUCGGCGAAGCACGCACGUGGGAUGUGCGCUGCUGUCUGUCUUAUCCCUUGGACUGCAUGCGUAUCCCAUGUGCAGUCGACGCUACUGCUGUGA